AUGCCACCAGCACCCCCUCCUCCACCUCCUCCGCCUUCAAGAGCUGCAGCUUCGGAAGCUCCAGCACCUAGCAAUGCUCUUCUCAAGUCCAUUGAAAAAGGAGCACGCCUUAAAAAGACUGUAACCAAUGACCGCAGUAGUCCGCUGGUAGAUGUACCCAAAUCUGGGUCUUCACAAAUAGGAUCGAGUUCAAUGGGAAAUCCGGUUGUUCGUCCUCCCGGUGGUGGUGCGUUUCAACCAGAACCAUCUAGUGGUCCUCAACUUGGCGGAUUAUUCGCAGGAGGAAUGCCUAAACUGAAAAAAACUGGAAUUACGCAUGGCAAUAGUCCUGGCAACAACUCUUUUCAGAGUACGCCAGUACUUCGUCCUACGACUGCUUCCUCGGGAUUUUCAGGAAACCGAUUUGCAAAUGGAAUGGGUGCCUCGAAUGAUAAUGGAGCUACUUUUCAAGGCCGUGCGAGCGUCAGAAAGCCUAACGAAGCUUCGCCUCCACCAGUUGCUUCUCGGGUUGCUCCGCCCAUUCCAUCUUCUGCACAGAGAUCUCCGCCACCUCCUCCUCGCCCAAGCCAUCUCGCUUCCGAUUCGUUGCCGAGUACCUCGCGAGCAUCUGUAGUUCCUCCAUCACAUUCAGCUUCGCGACUACAAGCAGCUCCUCCAUCGCCUCCUGCUCGUCCUAAAAAUUUGUCAGGAAACACAUCGCCAAGGACAUCUACAACCAACUACCAAAAGCCACCAGUCUAUGGUGUAGCUUCACUAAAACCUCCCAAUUUUCCUGAUUCAGCUCCUAGACCAAGUGAUGUUUCUGGACGAGGAUCACGAGCUAAUAGUGUCAGCGGAAGUGCAACAGAGGUAGAUGGUCGGUGGGUCUUUAAAACCGAUUUACCACCUGCACGUCAUUUUCCUUCAGGGGAUGCACCAUCGAAUCGUGUAAAUCGAGCACCACCCCCACCCCCUUCACGAUCAUCCAUCAAUAGGCGACCACCACCACCCCCUCCACCUCGAUGAAAACACAUGAGCAAUAAUGUGCAUGAGUUUAAUUUUUGCCUUGUC